AUGAGAAUCAGCGAAUCUUUAUCACAUUUAUGUAGAGAUUGGAGUCCAGAUUUUCAAAAUGAAGUACGGCCCAUAACGGAAUAUAUUGAGUCGCAAUUGUUAUCAAUUCCUAAUGUUGAUUCAGAACGUAAUUUGUUGGUUAUCCCUGGUAGCGCGGUUGGGUAUAUCCCAUAUCGUUUGUCGAAAAAAUUUCCCAAGCUACAAGUCGAAUCCAUUGAAUGGUCAAAUUUAAUGUAUAUCUGUAAUCAAUUUGCACUGAACUGCAAAGAAGAUGUUGAACUCUCUCCUUUCAGUCAAUAUUAUUCUAAUCAGAUUGAUUGGAAGAGCCAAACAAAGUCCAUUAGAAUUCCUUUAAAGGAUGUGACUACGGAAAAUAAGAAUUUGAAACCUUUAUGGGGAGAUUUUAGAAGUUAUAUGCCGGAUAGAACAAAUACCCUUAUCAACAAUAUUAUUGUAAUAUCAGUAUAUUUCCUUGACACCGCAGAGAAUGUUCUUGAAUAUUUGGAGACGAUUGAAUCGUUAUCAAAACAUUGUGGAAAAGAAUUACAUUGGAUUAAUAUUGGUCCAUUAAAAUACGGGACUAGGCCCAUGGUUCAAUUUACUGUAGACGAAUUGAAACAAUUGAGACAAAUUAGAGGAUGGAAAGAUAUUCACUCGGAGGUUAUCAAUAAACAACCUAACUUGAAUGGGUAUUUGACAAAUACAGACUCUUUAUACCAAGGGUACUAUGGGCUAUAUAAAUUCCAUUCGAAAUUAAAUAAGUAA